AUGGUACAGAGGCCCAACCAUCGCCGGGGACCCGUCCGCCCUGUGAAUACGCUCUCUUCGCCACAGAAACCGAAGUUCCCUCCUUCGCCCACCAAGAAGAUCGCCAACAACAACAAACACCUCUCCCAAGAUUCCUAUCACGUAUAUACAACCACUUCUCUGCACCAGAACCUCUUCCCUGGCAAAACCCCUACUACUCCCACCAACGCCCACUGGGAGCGGAGUUCGACGUCUUCUCCAGAUCAUACACUGAACGAGACAGUUCUUGGAGAGGACAGUUCCCUAUCCGCUGUCCACGGGCAGCAGAAACAUACACACAACAUGGUCAAGGAGCGAGACCCGCCGGCUCUGAGCCCUAGCAAAGCGGCUCCCGCCCCAAAGGCGCUGCAUGACUUGACUAACACCUCCCCGGCGCCCGAAUUCGGAAAAGCCAGUCCCAUCCGUAAUCCUUUGAAGAACGACCGCAAGAAGGAUCCGUCCUUGAGCAUGUUCAACAUUCCGAAACCAGGUCAGCCGCGUCCAGAGCAUCACCGCGAAGCAGCCCGACCUGUACAGGCACCUCCAGUCUUUCAAAUGCCUCCCCAAGCACCGCAAUAUGGCCAUCCCGCCCCUGCACCACAUAACACUGCUGGUAAUGACCGGGCCUCUUCCGGCUCUGAUGUGGUUAUGAUCCCUAGACCUGCGAAUUUUGACCCGACGUACCGCCCCCAAUACGGCGCAGCGCCAGUGCCUGUAGGGGUUCCUCGCAACCAACCAGCACAGACCAUACGACCCGCCCCUGCACCAGUGUACUCUUCCAUAAGCAAUAAUGGGUUCCAGCCGGUGAACCCCGCUGUUGGUUCUGCUUAUGCUAAGUUCUUUGGUCAACAGGGCAACUAUGUAGACUUGACCAAAACCGCAGACAAGAAAGCAGAUGACGACGAGUUCGACCCUGAUGCUGCUCUUCGCCAAGGCCAGGACCAAUUUGGCGCCGUGGACCCUUUCAUGUAUAUCGAUUCCGCUCAAGCUAAUGCGGAUAUCAAAGCUCUUCUGGAAGGCGCCUUCGAUGACGAGGAAGACAACGUGCCUCGAACUAAGGGUCGCAAGAAGAAGUCGCCAAAGAAAGACGAUGAAGAUGAGGCGGCCAAUUCCCUCGCAAAGAAGCUGCAAGCUUUGGAUGUCAAGGCGAAGGAAGAGGAGGCUGAAGCCGAAGAUGAGGAGGAGGAAGAGGACGAUUCCACCGUCGAGGGCCUUAUUGUCAAGCUACUACCUCACCAAGUGGAUGGUUUAGCAUGGAUGACCGACAAGGAGAUUGGCACUCGCAAGAAGAAUGGUGUUCUACCGAAGGGUGGAAUACUAGCUGAUGAUAUGGGCCUUGGAAAGACAAUCCAGUCUCUAGCUCUCGUUCUCUCCAAUCCCCGCCCGGACAAAGAUGCUCCGGUUGACCCGAAAUCGAAAAAUAAGAUUUUACCCGCUGUGGGCAAGGGUACUCUAGUCGUCGCUCCUUUAGCUCUCAUCAAACAAUGGGAAGCGGAAAUCUCAAGCAAGGUCGAGAAGUCUCAUCGCCUCUCUGUUUGCGUGCAUCACGGUCCCAGCCGCACCAAGGACCCAGCCAAGUUAAGAAAAUACGAUGUCGUUGUUACCACAUACAGCACGCUCUCGUCGGAGCAUGCUGGUAGCGAUGAUGCAGAUGACGGGCUCAAGACUGGUUGUUUCGGUGUCCACUGGUAUCGAGUCAUCUUGGACGAAGCACAUUCGAUCAAGAACCGGACUACCAAAAUGACAAAGGCAGCUUACGCAUUGAGGUCACACUACCGAUGGUGCUUAACGGGAACUCCUAUGCAGAAUAACCUUGACGAGCUCCAGAGCCUUAUCAAAUUCCUUCGCAUCAAGCCAUACGAAGACCUCCGACAAUGGAAGGACCAAAUCACUGGACCUAUGAAGAAUGGCCGUGGUGGUAUUGCGAUGAAGCGCCUAGGAUUCUUUUUGAAGGCAUUCAUGAAGCGUAGGACCAAGGACGUCUUGAAGAAAGAGGGUGCACUGAAUCCUGGGGGCAAAGUCAAGGACGGCGCCGCGUCUAGUGGCUUUAAGAUUGUUGACCGCAACAUUGAGACGGUGGUGGGGCACUUUACUCCAGAAGAAAGACUAUUCUAUGAUCGUCUUGCGUCACGAGCUGAGAACCGUCUCGCAGAAAUGAUGGGUGGCGAGAAGACCGAUUAUAUUGGUGCCUUGGUUCUGCUGCUUCGCCUGCGUCAAGCUUGCAACCAUCCGAAUCUGAUCAAGAGCAAUGUUAAAGAUGACAAGGACGCUCUCACUACAGGCUCCAAAGGAAAUGCCUCAACUACCCGCAACAACGUCGACGCCGCGGACGACCUUGCGGAUCUUCUUGGUGGGCUAACUGUAGAGACGAAGAAGUGUGACGUUUGUCAGGUUCUCUUGGGGAAGUCCGCCGUUUCAAGCGGUGCGGUUCGAUGCGAUGAUUGCGAAAACGAUCUCUCAAUGACUGCCAGGCCACGAAAACACAAGCACAAAUCUCGGAAACACAAGGACAAGAAGGGUAGGCAUGCCGAUAAAGAGGAGGAGGCCAGUAGCAACCCUAAGAAGGCUGCAAGACCGCGUCGAGCCAUUCUCGAUAGUGAUGACGAGGAAGGAGAAGGGAGCUGGAUAGUUCCAGAGUCCGAACAAGAGGUCCCUGAUCUUGGAAAGGCCGGCGGCACUGACGACGAGAAUGCGGAAGGCGGAGGUGACACGCUGAACACGGUCGAUUCCGAUGAUUCUGAGACUGAUGGAUCAGAAGAAGACUCCUUCGUUGUCAAGGAUAACAAAGCCAAGAAGGUCAACAAGACUAAAGGCGUUAUCAACCUCGACUCUGAUGAUGACUCCGAUGACGUCCUGCCCGUGGUCCGAAAAAAGAACGCGAAGAAGCUCACCAGCCUUGACUCUGAUGACGAUCCGGAUGAUUCAGACGACGACUUACCCGUGGUGCGAAAGAAACUCGCGAAGAAGGCCACCACUCCUAACUCUGACGACGAGGACGUCGACUCUGAAUCAGAGCAGGACAGUGACUCUAUAUCUGACUCUAUAUCCGACUCUGAAACCGAAUCAGACUCUGAUUCAAACUCGGAUCCCGUCUAUGGUGCCUCCCACCUCACUCCUUCCACCAAGAUCCGCCACCUCCUCGAGAUCCUCGAGAAAGAGACCCCCGAACACAAAGUCAUCGUUUUCUCCCAAUUCACCUCUAUGCUCGACCUCAUCGAGCCCUUCCUCCGCCGAAACGGCUACAGCUUCACCCGCUACGACGGCAGCAUGCGCAACGACCACCGCGAAGCCAGCUUAGAAAAGCUUCGCAACGAUAAACGAACCCGAGUGCUCCUCUGCAGUCUCAAAUGCGGUAGCUUAGGCCUCAACCUAACGGCAGCCAGCAGAGUCGUCAUCCUCGAACCGUUCUGGAAUCCCUUCGUAGAAGAACAAGCCAUCGACCGCGUCCACCGCCUCAACCAAACCGUCAACGUGACCGUCUACAAACUCUCCAUCCACAACUCCGUCGAAGAGCGCAUCCUGGACCUGCAGGAAGCGAAGCGCAAACUGGCUAACGCGGCGAUCGAGGGCGGCAAAUCGGUUGCUAAGCUCGAUAUGAAGGAUAUCAUGGCGCUGUUUAGGCGCGAUGCGGAAUUCGACGCGAGGCAUGAGCGGGAGGCGCUGGAGGACCAGGGCUUGGGGGGCGGGUUGACGGGGGCCGGGGAUGCUGGGGUUGCGCAGAUGUUGAGGCGAAAGCCGGAGGGAAGGAGUGGGAGGGCGGUGGAGGAUUCGGUAUAUGGACGCCGCUAGGUGAGGCUAGGAGUGUGAGGCGUGUGGUGUAUGGCCGGUCUGGUUGUGAUAUUCAAUUGGAGUGCUGAGUGGUCACGGCGUUGUGCAUAAAGACUGGCUAUUAAGGCUUCAUGAGCCUCUUCUUCUUUUGUCGGCAUAUGCACUGGUAGAGGAAUCGUCAUUAAUUAGACAUUGUAUUCGGUACCUGCAUUGCGAUAUCUGCUCCGGUGCUAUGCCAUCAACUUGAUCGCUCACU